AUGUCGCUGGCAGUGCCUCUCCAGAUCCAGUGCAGCUUUCACCCAGAUGGCUGGCCAGGAGGUUGGGUUUUGGUGACCACAUUCAGAAACCACUGUCAAACCCAGCCAUGGAGUCAAGAGCUGCCUGGCAAUAUCGCUCCCCUGCAUUCUGAGUCGAUUCAGAGGAAGAGGAAGCGGCAGAGCUCGGAGGAUGAAGAUCUCUCCACUUCAUACGAGAGACCUGCCAAACGCUCUCAUAAAGGGUUUAUCUGUCUGCAGGUUGCCAUCAAGUACGUCUCUAAAGAUGAGGAGCACGAGGAGAUGGAAGUUGAAAGUUCAGAUGGUCAGGGUCUGCUGCCGCUGGAGGUGGCAUUGAUGACCCGGGUCAAUUCAACUCCUGCCUGUCCCAAUGUCCUGCAGCUGGUGGAGUGGUUUGAUCAUCCUGGCCACUAUGUCAUGAUCCUGGAACGCCCAGAUCCUUACCAAGAUCUCCACAGAUUCUGUGAGGAUAACGGCUGUCUAGAUGAGAGCCAAGCCAAGAAGGUGCUGUUGCAGCUCAAUAAUGCCUUUAAACACUGCGAGAGCAGUGGGGUUUUCGACCGGGACGUCAAGCCACAAAACCUGCUCAUUUGCACCGAUUCACACGAGAUCAAGCUGCUGGACUUUGGCUGCGGACACCUGCUGAAGCACUCGGAGUACAAAUCAUUUGCAGGCACUUUUUCAUAUGCCCCUCUUGAGUGGUUUCGUUCCCACAGCUAUCGUGCAGGACCAGCUACUGUUUGGUCACUGGGUGUGACGCUCUACAACCUCCUGAGCGGUUCUUUACCUUUCAAAAGCGCACAGAGGGUUCACAGACUGCAGCUCCCUAGUCACCUGUCUGCAGAUUGCCGUCAGUUGAUUAGAUGGUGUCUUAGAGCAGCAGAGGACGACCGUCCCAGCUUACAGGACAUUGACCACCUGUUCAGUGUAACCAGGGAUGCUGCUCAAUCACAUAUUCCCCUUGAUUGUUUUGUCAAUAACAUUUAA